AGCGCUGCCGUCUCCAUCAUACCAGACAGCUGUGCUUGAGUGUGUGCUUGUGUGUCCCUACCUCAGCCUGCCUCUCUCUCUUUCUCUCUCUUGAUUUUUCUCCAGCCCCUCUCUCUCUUUACCCCAUCCUUCUCGCUUUCCUUUCGCUCUGCCUUAGACACUGUCAUCCACUUCUCUCUCUACCCUCCCUCUCUCUUUCAGCCCUCUUCCCUCUCUACCCUCCCUCUCUCUCUCCUACCCACCCUCCCCUUCUCCCUCUCUCUCUCUCUCUCUCUCUCUCUCUCUCUCUCUCUCUCUCUCUCGGCUGUCCUUGACGGUGCUCUGUGGCAGAGCAGAGCACUGUAGUGCUGGGUUGUGCAGGAGGAAGCAGGCAGCCAGCCUUUGCCCAGUGGAUACUGUUCUGUCGCUUCCAACGCUGCUGCCGUUACCCAGGAUACGCAGUCGGCCUGCCGUGCUGCCAGUGGAGCCGAGGGCCGAUGCCAGUCUGCCAUGUCGACUGAGUGCCAACCUAAGGGGAACGCAUUUUAAGUGCCCAUUGCGCCAUGUCUGCCACACAGCUGGAGGAGACAGAAAAUGUUUUUGACCUGAACGAGGCCAUCCCAGAGACAGAGCUGCUGGACAACAGCAUACAGAAGGGGCGUGCCCAGCUGUCCGUCAAAGCCAGGCGGCACCGCCCCUCUCGCUCUCGCUUCCGAGACAGCGUCAGCUCCACAGAGGGAGAUGACAGUCUGGAGAGGAAGUGUUUGGACAGCCCUCUGCACUCCGUCCGUUCCCCCCUCCACUCCACCCUGCGAGGAGGCUCCUCCCCUUCGCCUGAUUCGCUCCUCUCCUCGUCCUCCCCUUGUCCCACCUUACGGAGCCCCGUCUUCUCCUUCGACACCUCCUCCUUACGGCGCUCCCCGGAGGAGGGCGGGACCGGGUCGCCAGCCCCUCGGGGGCGGUACCGCCAGCUGACAAAUGCCACGUCUCAGGAGGCCCUGGUGACCACGCCCAACAGCUCUCCCUCCAAGUCGUGUCCCAGUUCGGACUGCUCGCCUGUUUACAUUCGACGGGCACGACGCCCAGACAGUGAGGUGUUAGUUUCAGAAGACAGUCGAGACACCAGCCCGGCUGACCCCGGCAACAACAGCCUUAUCUUCGACAAGAAGACCAAGAGGAGAUUCUUGGACCUGGGGGUCACGUUGAGACGCUCCUAUGUGAGAGUCAGAAAAGACAAGUCAAACAGACUGUCAAUGGGAAGCCGGGAGCCAUCUGAGAGCCCGUCCAGGUCCUCUGGCUCUUUCGUGCCUUUCUCCUGGUUCACUGACAGCACCAGGGGCUCCGUGUCAUCCGGGGCAACUCCGCCCUGCUCCCCCAAACUGGUCUCUCAGGACUGCAGCCCCCGCAAGUCCAACUCCCAGGAGUCUGCCCUGAGUGAUGAGUUCUCACCGCCCCCCGGUAGUCCCCCCCACGCCUCCAGUGGGACCACAGCCGACUCGUCAUCCCGCUCCUCACAACGCUACCAGACCCUCUCCCAGUCCUCAGACGAGCCUAUAGACGAGCCGCUGUGCCUAGUGUCGUCGUGGAGCACCCAGCAGGUGUGCCAGUGGCUGAAGGGGUUGAACAUGGAGCAGUACAUCCCAGAGUUCACUGCCAGGGACAUCGACGGGGAGCAGCUCCUCCUGAUGGACGGCACCAAGCUCAAGGGUUUGGGAGUAAACAGUUCGACGGACCGUAGUGCACUGAAAAGGCGGAUCAAAGACAUUCACGCAGCAGCGGAAAAGGAGCGCAAGGCCCUGGACAAACUGGAACGCCAGAAAGAGAAGCAGCGCAAAAAGGAACAGGAGCUACGCAAGCUAAACACAAGCUAAACAUAACCACCAGAUGGCGCUAAAUGACCACAGAAAUACUCCUGACUAGAAACUGGUGCUGGUGCACAAUCUCCAACUUUCACAUUAUCAUGAUAGCAUUGAUGCUAAGUGGAGUUUUGUGCAAAAAGUUGGAAUUUGCACAUAGACUUUCGUACUGUACCUCUGGUUUGGAUGUGAGGCUUUGAACCCUGCGAUGGGCGGGACAGUGUGUUGUCUAUCACUGACACAUGACAAAUAACAGAAUGAAAGCUCCAUGCUCUUCUUGUCAAAUGGCUUUAUUUUAGACCAAGAUCGGAAACUCAAAGUGGGCAUGUGAGAGGUGGGUCGCGUGUGAUGAGAAUACAUCUACAGUCACACACUAUUUAUUCUUAAUUUGGGUAGUUGGAGGACAAUUGGGUCACGGCAGGACUGUCAAUUUGUAAUUUGGGUCCCGAGGUGAAAAAGCUUAAGAACCCCUGCUUUGGACCAUUCAAUCAGUGGUUGACGCAACAUGAUAGGUCCCGCCCAUAUUGGGGUUCAGACGUCUAAUCCUUCUAGCUAUGAGAAAUGUGUUGUUCUUUGUCAAUCAGUAAGGUUAUCCACCCUUGUGGAAAAAAUCUGACUAAUAUUUUGUUACUGGAAUUGAGUAUGUGUUAUAAACUCAGCAAAAUAAUAAACGUCCUCUCACUGUCAACUGCGUUUAUUUUCAGCAAACUUAAAAUGUGUAAAUAUUUGUAUGAACAUAAGGUUCAACAGACAUAAAAUGAACAAGUUCCACAGACAUGUGACUAACAGAAAUGGAAUAAUGUGUCCCUGAACAAAGGGGGGGUCAAAAUCAAAAGUAACAGUCAGUAUCUGGCGUGGCCACCAGCAGCAUUAAGUACUGCAGUGCAUCUCCUCCUCAUAGACUGCACCAGAUUUGCCAGUUCUUGCUCUGAGAUGUUACCCCACUCUUCCACCAAGGUACCUGCAAGUUUCCGGACAUUUCUGGGGGGAAUGGCCCUAGCCAUCACCCUCUGAUCCAACAGGUCCCAGACGUGCUUAAUGGGAUUGAGAUCCGGGCUCUUUGCUGGCCAUGGCAGAACACUGACAUUCCUGUCUUGCAGGAAAUCACGCACAGAAUGAGCAGUAUGGUUGGUGGCAUUGUCAGGCCCACAAGCCCUCAUGUCAGGAUGAGCCUGGAAGGGUACCACAUGAGGGAGGAGGAUGUCUUCCCUGUAAUGCACAGCACUGAGAUUGCCCGCAAUGACAACAAGCUCAGUCCGAUGAUGCUGUGACACACUGCCCCAGACCAUGACGGACCCUCCACCUCCAAAUCGAUCCUGCUCCAGAGUACAGGCCUUGGUGUAACGCUCAUACCUUUGAUGAUAAACGUGAAUCCGACCAUCACCCAUGGUGAGACAAAACCAC